AUGGACAAAACCUGGGCUCCUCCCCGCCGCCCACUCGCCCGGCAUCUCACUGAACGCACUACUACACCCCUUAGACCGUGGCCGACCCCAGCCAAACUGACCCCGAUCCGACCGCCGCCGCCCUCAUACGUCCAGCAGACAUAUGUGCCGUGGACAAAGCGCGAUGACCGGAGGCUGGAGGCGGAUACGUGGUCGUAUAUUCGGUGCGAGAUGAAUGCGUUGGAGGAGCAGCGGAUCAACCCACUUCAUUCGUUUAUUCGCGUGGUCCCGGUCACAGAUGAGCGGCCUUCGAAUGGUCUCGCGGACCGCGAGCACCAGAGACAGGAGCAUGGGGGUGCAGGGCAGCAGGCAGCAUCCCAUCAGGGAGCACGGCCGCAGCAGAUGGCGCAACCACAGAAAGUGCUGCAGCAGCAGAUGGGGGAACCGCAGCAAGUGGAGCAGCAGAUGGAACAACCAGAGCAAGUGCAGCAACGACCACCGGAACAGCAAGCGAGCGAAGAAGCCAGCGGAGUAGCCGACGACACAGGAACACCAGGUGCAGGCGACAACCCGGCGAAUUAUGGCAGCUACAAGUUCGCUAAGAGGAGGAACCCGUGGGACUAUCAGCGUAGAAAAAGCUGCUAA